AUGAAAUCCGCUUCAAAUGAACACUGUCCAAGUGUCUGUGUUUGCAAAAAUCAUCGAGUUGACUGUUCCGGAAAAGCUCUAACAGAGAUUCCUAAAGGUCUCCCCUCAGAUACAAGAGAUUUGUUCUUGGAACAUAAUGCAAUCAAAUCGAUUGAUCCAGAACGCCUGAACCACCUGAAGAAUCUAGAAACUUUACUUUUAAGCCAUAACCAAAUUAUUGAUCUAAGUGCUGGUGUCUUUAAGGAGUUGUCAAAUCUGAAAUCUAUGGUUUUGAGUAGCAACGGUUUGAGAUGCAUUCAUGUCGAUGCUUUCAAGGGUCUCAAAAAACUCAAAGUUCUCUAUCACUUCCUUCUAUUCCUUUUCCACUCCCUCCCCUACAUUUCAAUUUCAUCAGACUUUGUUUACUCUAGAGCUCUGGGCCAAAACCCCCUUAAUUGUGAUUGUAACCUUCGUUGGCUGCAAUCUUUCUUCCGUGCCAAAUACCUAGACAAUGGAGUGGCCAUUUGUUCUAGUCCAAGGCAAAUGAAAUAUAAGUCGGUUUUCCAUUCGAAUUCAAGGGAUUUCGUCUGUUCUGGAGAUACAGAAGAAGUAUAUGGGAAGUGUAAUCCUUGCGCUAAUAGGCCCUGUUUAAAUGGCGGAAAAUGCAAGGCGUUAAGUGGAGUUGAAUUCAAAUGCUCUUGUGAAGCACCAUUCUACGGCGACCGUUGUGAGAAACAAAUGGAUUCCUGCUUUGGAAAGCCCUGUAAAAAUGGGGGUACUUGCAAUUUGACAGAAAAACAUGGGCAUUACAGGUGCGAAUGUCCAACAGGAUUUACCGGACUGAAUUGCGAAGAAAAUAUUGACGACUGCAAAGAUAUCGUUUGCAAUAAUGGUGGAAUUUGUGUGGAUGGAGUUAAUAAUUACACUUGCGAAUGUGCUCCUGGAUUUAGAGGUAAAUAUAACUAA